AUCUGUAUAUAUUGUAAAUAAAACAUGUAAAUAAUGAACAAGAGGGGUUGUGAGUUAGAUGUAAUUUAAAGAGGUGAAAAUACUCACCCAAAAAAGAAUAUAAUAUGUACGGAAAAAAGAUUUUUACUGUAUAAUUAUUACAGCAUGUAGCUGAUAUUUUAAUGUUUUUUAGAAUUUAUAAUAAACUUUAAUAAAAAGAUAUAAAAGAGCGAAACGCAUUCGUCUUUUUUAGUAUCGAUGGUUCCACGCCACUUGUUAAACGGUUAUGGGAUGCGCUAGUGCCAAAGCAAAUCGUGUCACCACUACAGUCGCCCCGGUAGUGGCUGUUUGCCACAGAACCCAAACCGAAAACAUUGUCAGCAGGUUAGAACCACCUCCAGUUAUUAUAGAAGGCGAGAAACCACCUCGAAUUAACGAAUUGACAGAUACGGACAUCGACAAAGGUAUGGUUUCGAUGCAUCACCCUGGAAACGUUGUAACACGUGACGAUUUCGCUACUAUAACUAAAGAAGUACAGCUUGUGGCUCCUUCGUCCGAUAUGAACGGUAGUGCAGUCAGUAUUACGUUAACGACAGAAGGAAUUGAGGAUAUUAAAGAAGAUCAAUUCGUUAAGACACCCGUCAAAGUUGUAGUUAGAGAGAGUACCGAUUGGAUGAAACGCGUUACUUCUGUGGAAAAUGAAUUUCAGAAACUUACAGAAAGGAGCGUGGAAAAUCCCAGUGAGAUUUUUCAUUACCAACAAAAUAUUAUUAACAAUAGCAGUAGCAGUAGUAGCUCUUCGAAUUCCAUAGAGGACUUGGUUGGUAUUAAACAAGAUAUGGAAAUGAAACCCAAGAAGGAAGAAAGUAUUAACUGAUGUCAUUACAUUGGACCAAUGUAAUUUUCUUUUCUAUAGAUUCUUCUAACAUAAUUAGAUAAGAAUUUUGUUUGUACAGAAUACAAUUAUAUAUAUAUAUACAUACAUAUAUAAUAAUGUUUAUUAAUAAUAAAAAUUGUAUUUAAAUA